AUGCAAUACUCGCCAAUAGAGGAUGACGCGACCGACAGCGACGUGAGCAUUCUCAGCCCUGACGACAUUCGGGACUAUAAUCCGGAUCAGAUUCUGCCGCAGCCCGAAAAGACAAUCAAGAAAAUACGCGCCUGGCUCAAGCCCACUCCCUACGAUGUCGUUGGCGGCGAAUUCCGCAAGCACCUGCUCUCUCACGCGCCCGGCACAGGAGACUGGCUCACCUCGAGCGCCACGUACAAAGAAUGGCUGGAGAGCCAAGAUCACGGGCUCCUCUGGAUAAGGGGAAUACCAGGCUCGGGCAAGUCCGUCAUGGCCGCGAGGCUGGUCGAUGAGCUUGCCAAGCUGAACCCGGGCUGUCCUGUCCUCUACUUCUUCUUCCGUCAGAUCAUCGACGCGAACCAUGAGCCUCAAGCCCUGCUGCGAGACUGGAUGGAUCAGAUUCUAAAUUACAGCCCUCCUCUGCAGAGCCAGCUUCUGAAAUAUGUCAAUGAUAGGCGGACGACAGGGAGCAUCUCCAUGGAGGAUAUGUGGAGAGACCUGAGAACAGCACUGUCCAGCUUGCCGGGGAAUGUGUUUUGUAUUGCCGAUGCCCUCGAUGAAAUGGACCAGGGCAAUGACACGUUUCUCCAGGCCCUUGGGUCACUUGGCCAGUUUAUGCCAGCCAAGGUGAAGGUGUUGAUCACCAGCCGACCCGUUCCAAGCGUCGAGGGUCCGCUCCGGAAAACAUCCGGUCUACACGUUCGGCUGCAAGAGAAUUUGGUUGAUCUUGACAUCUCGAACUACGUUGAUUUAAUGCUGGCCAAAUCAAGCAUACCUGAAGGUGACUGGAAGGUGAUUCGGGAAGCUGUUCCUGGCAGGGCAAACGGCCUAUUUCUCUAUGCCAAGCUCGCCAUGGACGCGUUUCUUGAGCCAGGUGCUGAUAUCAAGUCAGUAAUUGGACAACUGCCAGUUGAUCUGAACGCCUUGUAUACAGAUCUCCUGAAUGAACAUGCAAAGAGAUCCGGCGUUGAUCCUAGAGUCCAGCAUCUGAUCCUCCAGGUAGUCACACAUGCCACUCGACCUCUCCGACUGCUCCAAUUGACAGACCUGGUCAUGGUUGCGAACCCUGACGAGAAUGCCAGGACUGUCAAGGAUACUAAAAGUCUCAUUCGAGCUGCAUGUGGACCGCUGCUUGAGAUCCUCGCUGAUGAGACGGUAUCAGUAAUCCAUCAUUCGUUUACCGAGUAUCUGAAAGGUACAACGCGCGCGCGAGAUUCUUCAGGAUAUCCAGUUCUGUCGAUCGGCACAACUCACGCUCAGCUUGCGCUGGCAUGCCUACAUUAUCUCCAGAGUGGAUGUUUAGAUGAGUCUGAGGAUGCUGAGGAGGAUAACUCUUCCAACGAAAGCACUCAAAGGUUACAAUCAAGACUGAAGUACCCGUUCCUCGAGUACGCGGCGCACAAUUGGUAUCACCAUGCUAGGCAGUCCGACAACGCGGGCCACAGUCAAACUGAGAUCAAUGUCCAAAUUCGCAAUUUCUUGUCACUGGAAGGCAAAAACAGAAACUGGCUUCCUCCCUCGCGGUACGAACUACCGAAGGUCUUGGGGAGUUAUUUGCAUCUGCACGUUCCUGCAGAGACAGGAUUGAUCUCUUACUUUCGAGAAGCUCUGGCCAACGACGUACCUGCGAGUCAAAAGUACAGAGAAUCGGCCCUUCGGAGAGCCGCCGAAUCAGGUCAUGCGAGCAUAGUGCAGGCACUCAUCGCAGCUGGGACAGAGCCAGAUGCAGAUGAUGGCGCUGGGCUGAAGGCCUUGCAUCACGCAGCGGAAAAGAACCACCACGAGGUAGUCAGAGUGCUCCUGGAAGCCGGCGUCAAUCCGUUGACUCCAAAGACCAAGAGUGAACCCUGGACGGGUUGUAUACCGCGGCCAGGCACACGUGGUGACACCCCCCUCAUGUACGCCUGCCGCAACGGGCACAAGGAGACGGUCAAGGUCCUUCUCGAAUUCAUUGAAGAUGGCGAGAUCAAGGACCGUGCCCUCGGCUGGGUUAGCGGCGCAGGGAGAUCGCAGAUUGUGACCACAAUCUUACAAGACCCAGGGAUUGAUAUCAACGCCAAGUCUGAGGGAACCACACCGCUCUGGCGGGCAUGUGCUAGCUCAAAUGCAUCGACAAUAAAGAGCCUUCUCCUCGCAGGCGCAGAUCCAAAUAUUCCUUGUCAGCCGGUGAGCGAUUCGGGAUCCGGCAUCUACCUCAGUGCCAUGGACCGAAUUGCGAGGCCAGAGGAUCCCGGUCGGGAUUCAACACAGGCAUACGUAAUUGCAGCUGCGCACAAAAAGAACCCCAAUGGAGAAGAGCUGUCAUCUGUAGUUUCCCUUUUGAAGCAGGCUGGUGCCAAAUUCCACAAGCGUGACUGGCAAGGACGGACAUUGCUUCAUCUCGCGGUGCAAUCACCAUUCCUGACUGCAGCACUUCUCGAUGUUGGCGUGGAUGCCAACCUCAAGGAUGAGAACGGUGAAACACCUCUUCACAAUGAUGACAUCGAAGUCGAUUGUAUGACGCUCCUUAUCGAAAAGGGACACGCAGAUAUCAAUGCUACGAGGAAUGAUGGGAAAUCGGUUCUAAUGUUGUACCUCUCGUCCUACAAGUCCCGUGCUCAGCAGCAACUUGGUAAGUUGUUUGGAUAUGGCCCAGACUGCGAUGUGGUUGAUAAGGAGGGCAAUGGCCCGCUUCACGUCUUCCUAAACGAUUCAUCUCCAUCCUUGGACACCAUCGAAGAACUACUAAGGGGAGGCGCCGAUGUCAACUUGAGGAAUCACAAAGGACAAACUCCACUCAUUUAUUCACGGUACCCCCCCUCAGAGAAGGUAAUCAGUCGCUUGUUGAAGGCGGGGGCAGAUAUCAAUGCUGUCGACCACAAUGGGGCUACUCUUUUGUUUCGCAGCGUUUCCAGUGAAAGCAAGUACCUGGAGAUGCUCCUAAGUCAAGGCGCUUCAUUCAACACACAAGACUUCAAAGGCCGUUCAUUGUUUCAUGAGUAUGUGAAAUGCCAUGCCUGGCGUGAGAGGACGGAUUCCUUUCCCUAUCUUUUGGGCCAAGGGCUGGAUAUACAUGCCGUCGACAACGAUGGAAAUAAUCUUCUUCACGAGCUUGCUCUCACCGAGGACGCCCAGUCCUCCUAUCACGGCAAAGAAGUGAUUCGUUUCUGGGAACAGCUCGUCGAGAUGGGGGUGGACUCGGACCUGAAGAACUACGCCGGCCGCACACCGCUCCAUCUUUUGUGUGCUGGUCAGUCCAAAAUGGACUAUACUAAGCACAAAGAAAUCACUCUCUUCGACUUUGUACUUCCCCGAGUGAAGAAUGUAGACGUGGCCGACAAUGGCGGAGUUACGCCUUUGCACAUAGCUGCGACUGGUUCAGAGCGAUAUAGCACGAGGCUGAUCGCCGCAGGCGCUGAUCCCUCAAGGCCCACGAAUGAAGGGCUCACCCCUCUUCAUAUUGCAGCCCGUUGCAGAGCAAGUAACAUUGUCGGCCGUCUUCUGGAUGCCCUAAGAGCGAAGGACCGGGUUGAGAACUCUGCGUACUCUAGCGGCCUCGAUAAUGGCAGCGAGCAACCAAGGCCAGUAAUGGGUGUAAAUGAACCACCGUUCGGGAGGGAGACAAGAUCUAUUACUCCGCUGUUCUACGCAUGCCGGUCAGGGACCCCAGAGACAGUACGAUUGCUGCUAGAUGCGGGGGCAACUGUUGAUCUGAGGCAGAUGCUCGACGCUACUCUCCAGUUCGAAGAGGAGUGUGCAUUAUGGCGGACUCCCUGCCAACCUUCAACGUGUGAUGAUGUCCCUGUUAAAUUAGCGUCCCAACUUCGACGCGCGAGAACAUACACAGGGGGGUCGUACUUUUAUCGCUUAAUCCCGGAACAGGUGCCCAGGCUGGACGAGAUUUGGGUCAUGAUUGCGAGCCAUCUUGCCAAUGUUUCUGACACUAUGCAAAGCGCUGUCCAUGAGUGCAUUCUGAAAGCUUCUUUGGCAGGCCAUGACUAUACUGCCUCGAUAUUAUCGGGAGUGCGGCGCAAAUGGCAGAGCGAGACGUUGGAUUUUAAGAUGAUCAAAAUGAUUGAGGAUAAUAACAAUUCUCAAAAACAGGACCAAGCAAAGGCAUUGAAACUUUCUGGCACCGUGACCCCAGGUCGAGCUGAGAAGGGUCAGAUGGAUUACCACCUAUCACGCAGGGAGUAUCAUCUAGUUGAAGAAAUGGCUCAUCUGGGUUGCCUUUUUCUACCAGUGCCUGGCGAAUCCGAUGAGAAUUGUCUCUCUUACUUGGUAGGCAAUGGGUAUUCGUCACUGUUUGAGAAAGUGGCCGAGUCGGUGGCAGCAUCUGUUCUACCGUCAGGGCACUGGCAUGCGUAUGGGAACAAUACAAAGCCCGGGCUAUGGUUCGCGGCCAAGGAUGUUUCGGAAUCCAGGGUUCGAGGCAGCAAUACUGAGCCCCUGAUUGUCACAGCCGUGCAGCGAGGACACCCCAACAUGGUUAUUCUUCAACUGCUGGUCGAGAGGUUCGGCGUUGACAUUAAUGAGUUGCAUUACGACCGGGAUCUCAAGGCGACUAACAGUGCGUUGCAUUCGCUGGCUCAGAGCACCUCGUGGUGGCACACCCAGCAAGCAUUACCGUACCUCAUCAAAGCAGGUGCAGAUUUGAAUAUCCGGAACUAUCUUGGCCAGGCCCCUCUUCAUAUUGCGUUGAAAGAGUCGAACCGAGAGGUUGCCAUCUCGCUUAUUGAGGCGGGCGCGGACGUCAACGCUGCGGACAAAGAGGAUAAAAAUUGUGUUUCAUACACACAAGAAGAUGCUGAGCUCUCGCAGCUACUUCGGGCUCGCGGCGCAAACACAAAUGUCACCGAGAUAUUUGAUGCCAUCGAAGAGUCCAAUGUCGAAGCGCUCAAGAGGAUUCUGUCUAGAAACGAACCAGGAAUCAAUGCAAACUCUCGGCGGGUACGAUCGUCCGACGAGGACGCUGAUCGUCCCCAGCGGAAGAGGAGAAAGAGGAAACCCCGUGAUUAUGACAGUGAAGAAGAAAAAGACAACGUCCUAGAUGAUCAGCUGUUUCCUUUAUACUACGCCGGUGUGAUGCCAACGAACCGCAGUCAAGACGCCGAAAAAAUAGUCAAGGUUCUGCUAGACUUCAACGCAGAUCCGUUCGCGAAGUUUCUGGCCAAAUUUGGUGUGCGAAGAUCAAAAGCGUAUGAUCGUACUUAUGAUACUCCUUCAAUAGAAGUGUCAGAGGAUUUCCGAGAGUGCACAUUGGCGCAUGAGCUAUUCCUUCGUCGUCAUGGGAGGUAUGAUAACUUCGUCCUGCUUCCUGCCUUGGACGUGAAUCAUCGCGAUUGCAAAGGCCGGACCUUGCUUCAUGUUGCCUGUAUUACUUCCAGGGGACCAGACUCUACUAUUAAGAGCGAACAGGGGGAUUAUGCAAGUCUGUUUGAGAGAUUGGUACGCCUUGGAGCUAAUUUGAAAGCUCGAGACAAUCAAGGGAGAAAUGUCUUACACCACAUGUUGCACGAAUGUGAUUCUUGUAACUUCGAAAAGUCAUUCUUGUGUGCUCUUGAGGCAUGCCCUGAGCUUGUUCACCAGGCGGACGAUGAUGGAAGAACACCUCUGCUUGAGGCCGCAAUAUAUGCUGCUGACACGAAGGAGACAAAACCGUUCAACACUCUGCUUGAGGCCGGCGCCGAUUGCUUCACUGUCGACAAGAAUGGAGAAAGCUGCCUACAUAAGCUCGCAGAGAAUCUCCUUACUCAAGGCCUUCGUGACCAUUUCAAGGACCUCGUCAAACGAGGUGUUGAUAUCAAUGGUGUCAACUCAAGCGGUGAGACACCCUUGUUCGCAUUCUCUCGCCGCCCAAGAGGAUUUUCCACCAAGCGGUAUUUCGAAAUGAAAUGGUACGGAGACAGAUAUUUGGAAAAGGAUGCCUUGCCAUUACUGCUGAAACUUGGUGCCGACUUGACUGUUGCGAACAAUAAGGGACAGGGGCUGCUGCAUGCUGCCGCGACUGGUGAUGUUGAUCGGUUCAAGGAGCUCAUGGAUGCUGGGGUGGAUGCAAUGAUGGAGGAUGAAGCCCAGCGAACGGCACUUGAUAUCGCUGCUGCUAGUGAUAAUCAAGAGGUUCUCGCGCUAUUCGAGAGGAAGAGUUAG